AACUGGUUAGACUACCUAUCCACUAGGAGGAGAGGAGAGGCUGUUGAGGAGCAGCAAAACAAUAAACAGCUACUACUACACAACCAACAUCAGCGGAGUUCACGACACACGCCAGAGGAGUACCAACACAAUAAUUGAGACAACGCCAUCGCAUUUUUGCCUCGGAGUGAACUAACAGCCAUGUAUCUGAACAGGGAAGAGGACAGUAGCAAAGGCUCAGUGUCCCUCAGUGUGUUCCUGGUCUCUCUAGCAGUGACAGUGUGUGCUGUUUGGCUGGUGGCUCUUUGUGGCGUCUGUGGUUGGUGUCAACGCAAGCUGGGGAAGAGGAAUAAGCCAGGAGUGGAAGCAGCAGACACUCCAGACUCGGCACGAGGGCGAGGGGAGAAGAAAGCCAUCAAUGAUCUAGACAGAGACUUUUGGAAUAACAAUGACAGCAGCACAGUGCAGCAGAGGUGGAGCUCCUAUCCGCCCAAGGAGUUCGUACUAAACAUUUCUCCCUAUGCCCCAUAUGGAGAUCCUCGCCUCACACUCAAGUGAGUCUUGGUCCAAGGUUGGUAAGAGACUUCCCCCUGAGCAGGGCUGUAAUGAGGCAGGGGCACCGCCACUUUUCCCUUCCUCUUUUCCUUCCUGUUCCUUUCCUUUCCUUUCCUUUCCUGUCCUUUCCUUUCCU